AUGGCUUCAGUCGACGAGAUCCUCGCUGGCAAGUAUCCCGGCAAGGCGCAUGCGCGCCGUGUUGCCCAGAUGCUCAAGGAAAAGAAUGGCGAUGUGGGCAUCAUUUACCUGGAGGCUCAAAAGACUCGGAUGAUUGAGGACAGCGACGAAGCUAUGCACUUCCGUCAACGUCGCCCAUUCUUUUACCUCACCGGCUGCAACGAACCCGAUGCCUCGGUUGUCUACGACGCCAAAAAGGAUCAGCUCACCCUCUUCAUCUCUCCCAUUGACCCGGACUCCGUCAUCUGGAUGGGACUGCCCUUAUCUCCCGAGCAGGCCAAGAAGCAGUACGAUGUUGACGCAGUGCACUACACCAACGAGGUGAAUUCGACCCUGGCUUCUAUCGCGUCUGCCCAAGAAGGCAAGACCGUCGCCUUUGCGAUCGACCAGCAAGUCUCCGAGGGUACCGACUUCAAGGGCUUCGCGCAGACCAACCUCUCCGUUCUGAAGGAUGUCAUUGGCGAUGCGCGUGUCGUCAAGGACGCGUAUGAGAUUGCGCUGCUGCGAAAGGCGAACGAUAUCUCGACUCUAGGUCACAUCGCUUGUAUGAAGGCCGCUCGCAAGGCCGGCAAUGAGCGUGAGGUCGAGGCGGAAUUUAUCAAGACGUGCAUUGCCCACGGAGCCAGGGAGAUGUCGUAUCAUCCCAUCUUUGCGGCUGGUGAGAAUGGCGCUACGCUGCACUAUGUCAAGAAUGACGACAGCUUCCACUAUCCUGAUCAACAGCGCAAGGGCAGUCUGUUGAUCGAUGCCGGUGGUGAGUACCAGACCUAUUGCGCGGACAUCACUCGUGUGGUGCCUCUGGCGGGGCGGUUCCCCGAGGAGGCGCGCCAGAUCUACGAGAUUGUCCUGGAUAUGCAAACGCAGUGCAUUGCCAUGUUGAAGGAAGGCGUGCUCUGGGAUGACGUGCAUGCUCUGGCUCACCGGGUCGCAAUCAAGGGAUUGUUGAAGCUGGGCAUUCUCCAGGGUGACGAGGAGGAGAUCUUCCAGAAGCGGGUCAGCGUGGCCUUCUUCCCUCACGGUCUGGGCCAUUAUCUGGGUAUGGAUACCCACGACACUGGCGGUAACCCCAACUACAACGACAACGACAAGAUGUUCCGCUACCUUCGAACCCGCGGCAAGCUCCCUGCCGGAUCGGUGAUUACCGUCGAGCCUGGGAUCUACUUCUGCCACUUCAUCAUCGACCCGGUCCUCGCAUCCGCCGACACCGGCAAAUACAUCAACACCUCGGUCCUGGAACGCUACUGGCGCGUGGGCGGCGUUCGCAUCGAAGACAACGUGCACGUCACCAAGGACGGUCCCGAUAAUUUGACCUCGACGCCCAAGGUGCUUGCAGAGGUUGAAAGUCUGGCGCAAUGA